AUGACGCGCGCACAGCAAACAAUCUCCAUCGGCCUCCUUAUCUCCUCCCUCUACCUCGCCUGCUUCCUAGGCCUGAUACCCUUCCCCGCCAAAAUCCAAGAAGAAGUCAUUCCAGUGCUUCCCUUCUGGGCCCUCGUUUCCUUCGGCGCAUACCUCCUCUUCAAGCUCGGCUAUGGCGUGUUCACAUUCAACGAUGUUCCGGAGGCACAUAAGGAGCUGAUGGCGCAGAUUGAUCAGGCGAGGAUGGAGCUGAAGGGGAUGGGGGUUGAUGUGGAUUGA